AUGGACGACCCAGUCAAAGAACUUGCCGAUGUUGUCCGUAAAAUCACUGAGCCGUAUUCAGCCAAGGAGAUCGCCAGCAAUGUUGAACAGUACUUCACUGAGGACGCUUUCAUCAUGUAUCCGAUGUUCAACCAGCCCCGGACCCCCAAUGGAAAAGCAAACUUGAAGGGGAUCUAUAAGCUACUUCGAGUCUUCUCGGUCAACAAUAAAAUCGAUUUUCAUGCAGUCAUGUUCAGCGAAGACCGCCUCAACGCUACCGUUGAUCUUACAGAGACUCUCGAGUCUAGAUUUGCCCCCUGUAUUAAAGCUAAGCUCCACUUCAUCACAAGAGUCGACAUGCGCAAGGAGAGCGACGGUAAAUACAGGAUAUGCCGUCAAGAAGAUAACUAUCCAAAUGACCUCCAACGAUCCGGGAUCCCCCUCUUUUGGAUUCCCACCAUCACAGCAACUUACAAGAUCGUCGCGGGCACGAUCAUCAGCUAUGUGGGCAGGUUCCUCCUCGAGAAAGACUGGCUUGGACCACGAAAUGAUUUUAUUUACGCUGGUUUGCAGAUAUUAACCGCAUUGGAACGCCAAACGCGUUACACUUGGUUUAUCCAUUGGCAGUCGCCUUUCCCCGGGCCCAAAGGCAUGUCGAAAACUAAAGAGCCCCAGCCGAUCCGCCAUGGCGCCUUGCCUGUCCAGGCUUGCCCGGGGGAUCAAGGUGUGAUGAGAUCUCGUGCUUUGUGGUUAUGGACCUUGAAUUGA